UUUCCAACACUGCGGCAUUAAUAAAAGUUCUGUUUCCUUCUGUUUUUAUUGAGUUUUUGACCAACUUUUUCGGGUAAAAUAGCUCACGAUGGCCCCGCAGCCAGUGGUAACGGGGCUCUCCCCCAAGGAGGGUCCUCCUGGGACCCGCGUCAUCAUCCGCGGCGAGUUUCUGGGCACCCGGGCUCAAGAUCUGAUUGGUCUGAAGAUCUGCGGCUCGGAUUGCCUGCUGUCCGCGGAGUGGAAGUCACCCAACAAGAUCAUCGCACGCACUGGUCCGGCCAAAGGAAAGGGGGACAUUAUUGUGACCACCUUGAGCGGCGGAGUGGGUACCUCCACGGUGCAGUUCCGUGCCUACCACGAGACCAUCGGUCCCCUUAAGGAGUCCGCCGUGUGGAUCGAGGAGUCGCCCUCGCAGAACUUUGCCUGGGGUCGUCGCACCCUGGCCCAAUCCGGUCUGACGCAGGAGGAUCCCCUCGGUCUGUCCAUCGAGGGCAACGAGCAAAAGAUCCCCGAGGAUCUGCGCGACCUGUUCCCCGAAGCCUGCGGCGAUCUGUCGCAGGAGCACUUCUCACCGGCCUGGUUCCUGCUGGAGAAUCAUCUGGCCACCUCAUUCGAGGAUCUCAAGGCGGGACUUUCCUUUCUAAAGCGCAAGGUAGAGAGCCAGAAGGAGGGCCAGUUGUCCUUCCUUAAGUCCAAUGCGGGCUCUGUGAUUGACCAGCUGGACACGCUGAUGAACAUUAGAGACAAGCUGCAGGAGGAUGAGAAGCUGUACGGCAAGGAGACUCUGAACGUCCUAGAGACAUCCAUUGAGAACUCCAUCAGCGAGUCGCAGAAGAUCUUUACGGAUGUGUUGGUACGCAAGGAGAAGGCCGACUCCACCAGGUCCGUCCUAUUCGCCCUGUCGCGCCACAAGUUUCUUUUCUGCCUGCCCAACUCGGUGGACCGACGGGCCAAGGCGGGCGAAUACGACAUUGUGGUCAACGACUAUUCGCGCGCCAAGAAUCUGUUUGGCAAAACGGAGAUUCCCAUCUUCCGCAAGGUGCUGGAGGAGGUGGACCUCAGGAUUCUGUCCAUCAGGAAGCAGCUGCACGAGAAGGUGGUCAAAAUGCCGCAGAGCGUGGAGCAGCAGAAGAAACUAAUCAAGGCUUUGAUUAGCUUGGAGCUUCAGCAAAGCGGAACUCCCAUUGGCGAUAAGCUGCGGAACAUCGAUCCAGCUUGGGAUGCCAUCGAGGCCAGGGCCAAGUACCUGGAAGGUACUUUCCGCCAGACCUUCGAGCAGCACGCCAACAAGGAUACGAGUGCGCAGGAGAAGGCCAAAAACAGGGAUCCCAGCCAGGCGCCCAGUCGGGUGAACUUUUGCGAGGAGCUGUGCGACAUUGCAGCCUCCCAACUGCCAGAUUUGUGGCGUCUGGGCCAGCUUUACUUCACUGGGGAGCUGCGAGGACCUCAUGAUCCCAAACCAGGUGACUUUAAGCGCAUGAUUUUGAACGCCAUCGAAAAGUUCUGUGUUUACUUGCGCUUGGCCAUACUUAUUGCCGCGGAUCAGCGCGCCUUGAGGCAGUCCAGCGGCUUGUCUUGGUCUAUUGGCUCUGCCUCGGCCACGCACCAGUUCCUUCCCUGGAUUCCGCAAUGCCUGCGCUUCACAAGGAUAGCCUAUGCUACACUCAUAAGCUUGGAUCUUCCCUCGGAAGCGCUGGACAUUAUACAGAAGCUGAUCGACGAAGUGCGCCUCUUCUGCUUCUCGAUCAUCUUCAAGCGGGCCACGGAUCGAUGCAAGAAGCUGGGCAGCCAGGAGACCUGGGAGCUGGGCGUGGAGGAGUAUCCAGGCGCCACACUGCUUCCCGCCGCCUUGGAGACCCUGCUCAUCGAAACGCUGGACGAGGUGCAGUCUGUGUGCAUGCAGCGGGAGACUCGAGAGGGAAAUCUACUCGAGCCGCAAUCGGAUGGACAACGGGAGGUGACUCAGCGCCUGCAGGAAUUCCUAUCCGCCUUCAGCGGGGUAAUCGAGGAGCUGGCCUUUCACUCCCAUGACGAGGAGACGCCCACCCACAAUGUGUCGCAGUUGCUGGGAUUUCCCAACUCCCAGCAGCCAGAUUCGGUGGCUGGAAGCGGCGGAGGAGCUGCUGUGACCUGGGAGCAGCGCAUGCUCUGUUGCCUGGCCAACUAUGCGUACUGCAACAAGAGCUUCUUCCCGCGCAUCGGCGACAUUUUCGUGCGCUAUGGUUACCCGCUGCCCACUUUGGCAAUCGAAACGGCACGGUACACGGUCAACCAACUGUUUACCAACCUCCUGGAAGAGUACGUCGAGCACAAGGGCGAUCCUCUGGUAGGCACCAUAGAGCCCUCCAUGUACCUGGGUCGUUUCCAGUGGGAUCACGAGAUGGAGAUCGGCCAGCUGCGUCCCUACGCCCACGAGUGUUGCGAUAAUCUAGUUGGCGUCUACUCAGAGAUCUACAGUAUUUCUCCGGCUCUGCUGCGACCCAUCCUGGAGUCCAUUGUGCAGACCAUAUCUGAGGAGCUGGCUCGUCUGAUGAGCUGCGUCCAGCGGUUUAGCUUCACGGGAGCGAUUCAGGCUCACGUGGAUAUUCGUCUGCUGAGGGACUCUCUGGAGGGCUAUGUUAAUGAGACAGCCAAGAACUACUUCAUGGAAGCACUGGAGGCCAUCAAUCCUCCCCUGAGUGGCGAGCAGAAGCGAAAGGCAGACGAGAUUCUGGAACGGGUUAAGCGGAACAUGCGACUGCAGCUGCUCUGCUUUAGUGUAAAGGAUCCCUAGGCACAUUCCACUGCAAGACGUAAUUUAUGUAGAUAGCUUAUACCUUAACUAGCUUGUGAUUCCCCACGUUCUAGGGAUAAAUCUUUAUUCGAUUGCAAAA